GUGCUCAGCCGGCCCCAGCCAGCACCAGGGCUCGGAAACCCGCUCCGGCUGCAGAGCCUCCACAACCCGGUCCUGCCGCCACAGGAAACCCCGACCCCGCUUGGCACCAGGCAACGAGGAGGCUGCAGGCAGCAUCAUCUGGCACCAGGAGAGCUGAGCCCUCCAGGUCGGGUCGUGCGAGGAAGCAGAGGGACAGCAGUGUGCUGGAGAUCUGCGUGGCUCCCUGCGAGCGGUGACGUGCCUGGCUGGAUUUCCGUACCACGGGCAGAGCUCGGGAGGGGUUCGCAGCCUGCUCCUUCCCCAUCUCGUCCCAGCCAGGCUUAGGCCAUCAGGGGAGAAAGAUCUAGCUCUGUGUGUCGUACUGGUGUUGUACAGCAGUGGGCCUGAUACCAGUGCUGGGUAAAGCACCAUCUGUUUCCAGUGCGGAGCAGAAACUGUUUCUGUGGCUGUUUGCUUCUUCUGGGAGGCUUGUUACUAUACUCACAAAAGCCAACACGAUAACAUUCGAGAGUGACUUGGGAGCAGAGGGCUCUGCAAAGGCAACGCAUCCCAUCAAGACGAAGCAAGGCAGCUUGGCCCUUCAGCAAGGGCUCGUGUUUGCAGGGUGAUAAGUGAGUUGUCACCGGCCGUGCGAUUUGUCACCUUCCCUCAUGGAGGAGGUGUCAUCCCCCUGAGACAACACGCUGGCGUUGGUGUCACGCAGCCCAAGAACCAUGCAUCGCUCUUGAGGGUGGAUGUGCUCCCUGGAGGGCUGAAGUGCCUCUCCCAAGACGAGACCCUUUGGUGAAAUCUCCCGUCCUGCAUCAGCCAGGGCUGGAUUUUAAGGGACUCUCCCAGCCUUAGCUUUUCUCACUCCAUGGUGUCUUGCUCACUCCGGGUCUCCUGCUUGCCCGAAAGAAGGCGUCGUUAGAGCCCGUCCUGCAAGUUGGUGGUGGGUGGGAGCACAGGUCUGCACGCAGAGAAGCAGCUGGAGGCCCGCGCUGUACUUUGGAGCUGGAAGCUGCCUUUCUCCUCGCCUCCCCUUGGGUAUGCUGCUGGCCUCCUGUCCGCCUGCGGUCACGAGUGACUGUGAUGCUGUUCAGCGCUAAUGGAUUUCAAACCCCAUGUCUCCACUGAGAGACAGCUCUACUGAGAGAUGUUGAUUCCAAUGCUUGGGAGUGGCUGUGCAGACAGGACCGGAGCUGUGAAUUAGAGAACAUUUAAUCCCGUACUUUGGGGAUGGUAAGUGCUACGCACCCCACUGCUGAAAGCCUGGGGUGAGGCAGCGGCUACACCCACCCCAUCCUGAAGUGGAGACUUCCUGGAAUAUCCAGUCAAAGACGGAGAGCAGCCACGAGACUUGCUGGGACCUGUGCUGACUCUUGCCGCACAAGAUGACAGCGAGAGACGGGCCCCAAGAUAGGUACAAGGCUGUCUGGCUGAUCUUCUUCAUCCUUGGCCUGGGAACGCUGCUGCCAUGGAAUUUCUUCAUGACCGCUAGGGAGUAUUUCAUCAGCCGCCUUGCGGACCCAGAGAUGAGCCGCUUCUGGAACCAGACCAGUGAGGCUGCCGUGUCCCCCUCCUACCUGCAGUCCAUGUUUGACAACUUCAUGACUCUCUGCGCCAUGGUGCCCCUCCUCAUCUUCACCUGCCUCAACUCCUUCAUCCACCAGCGGAUUCCCCAGCAGAUCCGGAUCUUGGGCAGCCUGGUGGCCAUUGGGCUGGUGUUCUUAGUCACUGCGAUCAUGGUGAAGGUCGCCAUGGAGCCUCUUCCCUUCUUCGUCUUUACCAUGAUCAGCAUCGUCUUCAUCAACUCCUUCGGCGCCAUCCUCCAGAGCAGCCUCUUUGGGCUGGCAGGGCUCCUGCCUGCCAGCUACACAGCUCCCAUCAUGAGUGGGCAGGGCUUGGCAGGCACCUUUGCUGCUUUGGCGAUGAUCUUCAGUAUUGCCAUUGGCGCCCAGCAACCUGAGAGCUUCAUUGGUUACUUCACCACGGCCUGUGUGGCGAUCGUGCUGGCAAUCUUCUCCUACAUCCUUCUGCCUCGCAUGGAUUUCUUCCGAUACUACUCCAUGAAGGACAAGACAGAGUACCGUGUGUACAAUGCAGAGCUGGAGACCAAGAGAGACCUGAUUAAGAAAGAUGAGCCCAAUGGGAUGGAGCAGAAUAACUCAAAGAUCAUCCCUAUCCACAACCCUGAGGAGAAGCCCUCGGUCGUUGCUAUUUUUAAGAAGCUCUGGGUCAUGGCUGUGUCUGUCUGCUUCGUCUUCACUGUCACCAUCGGCGUCUUUCCUUCCAUCACAGCUAAGGUGUCCACUGUCCUCGGAGAGGGAAACAGAUGGGGUCUCUACUUCAUCCCUGUCUCCUGCUUCCUGCUCUUUAAUGUCUUCGACUGGACGGGACGGAGUCUCACUGCCCUCUUCACAUGGCCCGGGAAGGACAGCUGCCUCCUGCCAGUGAUGGUGGCCCUCCGUGUCAUCUUUAUCCCUCUUUUCAUGCUGUGCAACGUGCAACCCCGUGACUACCUGCCUGUCGUAUUCUCUCAUGACGCCUGGUACAUCAUCUUCAUGAUCUUCUUCUCCAUCUCCAACGGCUACCUGGCCAGCCUUUGCAUGUGCUUUGGGCCCAAGAAAGUGCUUGCCCACGAAGCAGAGACAGCUGGAGCCGUCAUGGCCUUUUUCCUGUCGCUGGGCUUGGCCCUAGGAGCUGCCGUCUCCUUUCUGUUCCGAAUUCUCAUCUAGCAGAGGCACCCGGAGGGUGCAGGGACACCGAGAGAUGGCUCCACAUCCUCCUCUGAGGCCCUGGACACCUCGGCGCCGUGGGGAGAUAACGCCUCAUGCCUGCCCCUGCCAAAUCACACUUCCACGGCAGACGUUAUGCCCAGGGACGGUUCCACUCCUGCAGGGUUGGCCUGGCUCCUGCCACGCUCGGCUGUGUGAUGCCUUCAGGCCUACGUGCCUUCUCCUUCCCCAUGCUGUGUGUAUGUAAGACCCCUGGGAUCUCACAGAGGUCCAGCCACCUACCACGCUGCGUAAUUUCCCCAGCUCAAGGCCAAAAGCCAUUCUCAGCCUGUUCCUCUCUGACGGAGUUGAAGGCUGGUAUCCAGUGUUAUUCCCUCUCUCGCCCUUGUCCCCAGGGUGCCUAGGGACUUGCUUUCCUCUCCUGUCCUCUCCUUCCAGGGGGCCUGGAAAACAUCUCACACCACUUCUCCUGCUGGCAAUAACUGCAAAAGGGGAGGAGAGCCCCAGCCAGCCUCGCCAUGCCCGCUCUCUGCUAGGCACACAUCCCCCUGCCCAGCAGCAUCCCAGGGACAUAGACAUCUGUGUCCCACCCACAUAAAGAGCCAACACCGUGGCUAGGCUGAAGGAGGAGGAGGUCUCCCCACCCCACCUUGUCCCCCUCUCCUUGCCUUUGUUCCCUACUUUUUUUUUUUUUUGGUGAUUCUGCCAUUGUUUUCUUUCUGCCUCCUGGUUAUGUGACAGGAGGUCCCACCAUAGGCUGCAAGAAAGGCGGCAACUCCCUUCCAACCCAGGCUGCCUUCCCUGCCCGCCUGUGCUGCAGGGGGAGGCCUGACCUCUCCCUUGGCUUUCCCAUCCUUCAUCUGUGUAAAUGUAUCUGUACAGUUGCAGUUUUCUAUAAAAAGACCGAAACACCC